AUGGCGCCUCUUCUCUUGUCCACUCUCACGAGCUCGUCCCGGGGUCAGCAGCCCCUUCUACUCGUACAAUCGUCCACAGCUCAGUCAUGUCUGCCUGUCGUGCAGUACGUUGUUCGCCAGGCUGACAGUAAUCCCAUCGCCGGGUCAAUCUUGCUCUUUUGUCUCCUGUACGCGCCCUCCGCCUUCGUGAAAGACACGCCGGAAAAUGUCCGUGUGUUUGACUGGACGCACAAUGUCCCAGGAUAUGCCGAGGACGCACUCGAUGUAAAGGAGGAGAUGUUGAGGACCGUGCGCGAUGCACCGCCAGGACCGUUGACCGCCGUGAUCGACUCAGUCGACACGCUUCUCUCUGAUCUGGGCUCGUUGGCAAGGACGGAACGUUUCCUAUCAGAGCUUCUCUCCGCGAUUCGUGCAAGACCGAGUCCAUCUCGUCUCGUCCUCCAUGUUGUCGCCCCCUCCCGCAUCAUACCCGCUCUCAUGCAUACCAGGCUCUCUCCGAUACUCCUCCACAUCAUAGCACAUCCCACCGCGUUGAUCUUGCAUCUCGCCACAGCGUAUCUGACGAUGCCGCCGCCUCUCUCACCGCCCGAGAAAUUCUGGAGCGUAUUCCUCCCAAUUGCAGAGCGACACUACGAGUCGGAGAAGCUCGUGUUCGGCCCAGGUGGCGAGGGCUCCGGCGGGAGGGAGUUCGUGGUGGAAGUGCUCGUUCGCGGCGCGGAUGGACCGGGGAGGAGACGAGGUGUGGAACGAGUCUUGGAGGGCUGGUCUGGGAUCCCUGCAUGCGGAUCUCCGUGUGAGCUGAGCCAAUUGGAGAGCCUCAAAGGCUUGUGGACACGGAAGGUGGUUGAAGAGAGUGGUCCAGAUCCUACUAAGAAUCUCUCUUUCAAUCUCAACCUCACUAUAGAACAACAACAGUCUCGUGCACAGGUUCCGUUGCCAUAUGCACACGAAGGCAAGCAGGCGCGAACGAGCGCUGCACCUGCCGCCAUCCUGUACGACCCAGAUUCCGCAGACGAUAUUGACGACGAUGACCCGGACGAGGACCUGGACAUUUGA